CAUAUAUAUAUAUAUAUAUAACACGAGAACGGAGAAGCUUGUUAUUGUUUCGAUCAGGUAUUCAGGGAGGAACUAACUGACCAAAGCAUAAAUGGCGGCAACGGCAGCUCUUGUAGUGGAUGCAGAGUAUUUGAAGGAGAUAGAAAAGGCUCGUCGAGAUCUUCGUGCCCUCAUCUCCAACAAAAAAUGUGCUCCAAUUAUGCUUCGAUUAGCAUGGCAUGAUGCAGGGACUUAUGAUGCUAAAACAAAGACAGGAGGCCCAAAUGGAUCAAUCAGGAACAAGGAAGAGUAUAUGCAUGCUGCAAACACUGGUUUGAAAAUUGCUAUUGAUCUCUGUGAUGAAGUGAAGACCAAACACCUGAGAGUUACAUAUGCUGAUCUCUAUCAGCUUGCUGGAGUAGUUGCAGUUGAGGUGACUGGAGGCCCCACUAUUGACUUCACACCUGGAAGGAAGGAUUCAAAAGUGUCCCCUAAUGAAGGACGUCUUCCUGAUGCCAAACAAGGUGCAGCACAUCUCAGGGAUGUGUUCUACAGGAUGGGCCUAUCAGACAAGGAUAUAGUUGCACUUUCUGGUGCUCACACUUUGGGAAAGGCACAUCCAGAAAGGUCAGGAUUUGAUGAAAAACCAUGGACCAAAGAUCCUUACAAGUUUGACAACUCUUAUUUCCUGGAGCUUCUAAAAGGAGAUUCUGAUGGAUUGCUGAAACUUCCAACUGAUAAAGCUUUACUCGAUGACCCAAACUUUCGUACCUAUGUUGAACUUUAUGCGAAGGAUGAAGAUGUGUUCUUCAAAGACUAUGCUGAAUCACACAAGAAGCUUUCAGAACUUGGGUUCACACCACCUCUCUCAAAGACUACAUUAUUUGCACAAACUGCUGUAGGAGUUGCUGUUGCUGCUACUGUGGUCAUCCUCAGUUACUUAUAUGAAAUCAACAGAAAGUGCUAA